GGCUUACUACUCAGAGAAGAAAAUCCGUUGUUGUGGAGAGGAAGAAAGGCGAAGAAGAAAUUCGAGAGACGUUUAACGUACAAACAACGAACGUUAACCCCCAUUUUUUUGCGGGUUGUUUUUGUCCCACUUGUUUUUUUCCGUUUUGUUUAGCUAACAUGGCUUGUGGAGCUACGUUAAAGCGGUCGAUGGAGUUUGAGGCCCUCCUCAGUCCCCAGUCUCCCAAGCGGAGAAGGUGCAAUCCACUACCGGGGACUCCUAGCACUCCGUCCCCGCAAAGAUGCAACCUCCGUCCCCCAGUCGACAGCCCGGCGCAUUCGAUGUCUCCUCCUGCCAUUGGAGGCGAACACAGGCUCACCCCAGAGCAAAUCUUCCAGAACCUCCGUCAGGAGUACAGUCGGAUCCAGAGGCGGCGGCAGCUGGAAGGGACCUUCAACCAGACGGAGGCCUGUAGCUCCAGUGAUGUCCCCAGCCCCAGUUCCUCCCUCAAUGCUCCCAGCUCCCCACCAGGUGCCUCAAGGAAGGACCAGCCCUCGUUUACGCUGAAGCAGGUGAGCUACCUGUGCGAGCGCCUGCUGAAAGACCACGAGGAGAAGAUCCGGGAGGAGUAUGAACAGAUCCUUAACACAAAACUUGCAGAACAAUAUGAAUCUUUUGUGAAAUUCACACAAGACCAGAUCAUGCGAAGAUACGGAGCCCGGCCUGCAAGUUAUGUCUCCUGAGCUCACAUCAGCGACAUCCCAGCUUCCCCCUCACAAGAUGGCUGCUCUUCUACUGCCUCCUUCCAGUUGAUUUACAUUUUAUUUCCCUAACACCCCCCUCCCCUCCCUUCUCAAACAGUUGGGUGCCAUGGUUUAUCCACUUUUUAAUCAAAAAGUUGGUUUCUUAUUUCAAAACUAUUGCUGCUGGCCAAAAGUUAGAAGAAUUUGAAAGAUAAACUAUGUAUGAAGCCCGCCUUUUUUCACCCGUUUUUUUUUUCUCAUCGAUUUGCUCUAUCCGGAUCUCCUGACUAAAGCAGAUGUGUGUCAAAUCUCUUACCGGCGCUGUAGAAAAAGCUUAUUGGCUCGUGAUCAUUCUGUUAUAACCUUCCAGCAGCUGUAUUUAAUGGCUCCUGCUUAUCACCUCGCCCCACUUUUCUUGCCUCUUCUCCCCCGCCUCUCCUCCCUCCUCACAACUCUUUACCUGAGAAUGUGGAUUUUUCUCCCUUUUGAAAAAAAUAAAAGUUCCGUGACUAAA